UACUUUUAUUAUUGACCGGAGAAACAUCUUUAAUCGAUAAACACAGAGACCCACAUUACCAGUAGGCAUUAACGCUAUUCUAUUUUAGUACGUUUGGAGAUGGUGUGAGAGUUACAUUGAAAACUCGGCAGGGCAGAGAGAAGGCGGAUUGAAAGAUGCCGGAAGACAACAGGUGUUUACUUUACGUUAUUGGUGCUGUGGUGGCACUUGUUGGAUUUAUACUUGUUAUAGUACUACCAAUGAGUUUUGUAACUUUGGAAUACAACGAGUAUGGCUUCCGACGACAAAAGAGUACGGGUACUGUGGAUACGAGUAAAGUCUAUUCCGGCGGUAAACACUUUCUAGGCCCUGACUACGAAUUCAAAGUGUUCAAAGCAGAUGCCCAAUUUCUAGAUCUGGUCAACUUCCGGGUUUUUACACGAGAUAAACUAGAGGUGUCAAUCACUGCACAUGCGCAGUAUUUCUUGCGCAAGGACGAACUUCCUUUACUACAUGCGGCCUAUGAUAUCUACUAUGAAGAUGUAAUGCGUAGGAGCGCCGUCGACGCAAUAAAGGGCGCCAUUCCAGUUUACAACACAACCGAGUUGAAGACGAAACGGCCAGAAAUUGAACGUGUUUUGUAUAAAGCUGUAAGGGAGAGGCUCGGGGGCACGUGCUGCAGACCCGACUGUAAUUCAUAUGCAGCCGCAUGUCCUGAAGGUUGUACAGAACGCAAAGACUGUACAGACAAUCUCAAGGCCCUUAAUGUGGAUGUGAAGUACUUUCAGCUCACCAAUAUCAAUAUACACAAUGACGUUAUGGAAAGAUUUAUGGAAAAUCUUCUUCUCGUCGAAAAGAACCUAAGAGAAAAGCAUAUACAGAACGCUACUGUCAUCAGGAAAAAGACAGACGGGAAGGUAGCAGACAUUAAAAAUCAGGCAAAAGAAAUCCGACAAUCUGCAGAAUCCGAGUCCAAGAAAAUACAGGUGGUGUCUGAGGCCGACUAUUUGAGUACAGUCGAAAAGGCCCGCGGUACGGGCCUCAAGAAACUGUAUGACAGUCUAGGAAUUCGGACACAGGAACAGAAAAACAGCUUUGACUAUCUUCGUACACUCAGGGGUCUUGAUAAUGUCCAUCUAACUGUUGACUUCCAACAGAGGAUUGCCGGAUCAAUCGGACAUAAUUGAAAGUAGAAAGACUUAAUAAAAUAUUUGCCGUUGGUGAAUACUUAAUAUAUCUCUGAAACUGCUUUUGGAACAAAUGUGUUCGUUCGAAAGGAUUUACGCCUACAGUGUUGAAAACAAAUCUGUGAAGGUAAUUAUUACUUAUAUUCGGUUUUAAGAUAUACAGAAAUCUAUAAACAAAACAAAAAUAAUUCGGAAAUUAAACAAUUGAGGUCUUACGUUAAAUAUGUUGGAUAAUUAGAAUCAUCUUUGAUGAAUCAGCACAGACACCGCGUCCUAUACAACAAAAAAAUGAGCCGUGCCAUGAGAAAAUCAACAUAGUGGCUUUGCGACCAGCAUGUAUCCAGACCAGCCUGCGCAUCCGCGCAGUCUGGUCAGGAUCCAUGCUGUUCGCUUUCAAAGCCUAUUGGAACUAGAGAAACUAUUAGCGAACAGUAUGGAUCCUGACCAGACUGCGCGGAUGCGCAGGCUGGUCUGGAUCCAUGCUGGUCGCAAAGCCACUAUGUUGAUUUUCUCAUGGCACGGCUCAAAUGAUUUUAGCACAGCUACGGCGAAUACACUUGCUUCUGGAGCAGUUGUUUGGUGAAUAAGGUAUACAUGGACACACUAUGUACAUACAUAGAAGCUUACUUCAUUGGUCUUACCACUGAGAAAAAUAAUAGUAUAUAUAUAAUUACAUAAUAACAUAUUAUAUGCAUGUAUAAAUACAAAAAUAUGUAUAGUUUUAAUGGCUCUCUAAAAACUUUUCUUACUUGAUAAAAUUAUCUUUCGAAGUUUGUUACUAACACGUUUUCCAAAACAUCGAUUAAUGAAUUUCUUUUAUAGGAUUGUGUAAUUGCAGUGGAUAAAGUAAAAGCUAUUGUUUUCAAAAUUAAAUCGCGUACAGGAAUAUGUUAAUAUGACUAAAGUACUGACAAAAGCGUAGCGUUAAUUGGAGAUGUACUUUAGUCAGAUUGAGGAAUAUGUCUGUAUUAGUCUGUAACUCCAAUUAUUCAAAAUGCAUGUACAUCGUAUAUUUACAAAAUACGAAAUAAGCCAAUAACGCCGAAGAAUGUUAAUAUGCAAUAAUAUCCAAAAUAAAUGAAAUCAUUAAUUUAAAAAAGUUUAUGAAAUACGAUUAAUGAAAUACUUCUGGCACGCAGAUGGAUGAAUGUCAUAACGAACAUACAAACAUUCAGACAUGAUGAUACUGACUGAGAUAUGGGUGAAAUGCCAAUAUACAAGUAUCUGCCUAAAUUCAUGUUUAAAUUCAGUCAUGGUCAAUUGUUGUAAAAUUUGGUUUCGUGGAGCUAGAAAAAAAUGUAAUGAAAUGAUAAAUGUUGAAAAAUGUAACAUUUUGUGAUGGACCUUGUAACAAACAAUGGGAAACGUAGUGAAAGUGAAACAGAAAAUUUGGACAGACUAGAAGGACACAUGCAUGUACAGUUUUUACGUUGAUUUAUAGUUGUGUAAUUAUAUAAUAUUUAUUUAAUUUUUCUAGAUGUGUUUAUAUCACCGAUCGUUUAUCAUAUAUUCUAGGUAUGUUUAUAUCAUUCACUGUAUAAACUAUAUACCUUUAUAUAAAAUACGGGUAUAUAUUUAUAUAAUUUACUUGUUUGCUCCUAGUUUAUCCAUUAUGUCUCGUUUUUGUUUUAUAAUUUUUUUGUGACUAAUGUAUUUAUUUUAUAAAGCUCGAACGACA